UUCACGAGACAAUCUACUCACGCUAUCAGAAAUUUUCAUCUUUCACCGACCGAAACAGUCGACUGCGAUUCAUAAAAGUUUAGUAACGCGUGAGUUGUCCCUCGAAGGGUUCCUCGACUCCAAGAGGACACACAGCCGCAAGAACAGCGGAGGUGGAGCUGGAAGAAAGGUGCGACGGGAAAUUAUAAAAGAGCGAUCGACAGUCAAGAGGACGCAGUCUCCUCCAAGUGUUCACCUGCGCGACUACGAUCCGGAAAUUCGCCCAAUCGAUAAAUUGUUGGAUCCCAAAAGCUGAAGUUGCCUACCCAUCGUGUUUGAGAGACAGGAUUAAAUUAACCAGAAUGGGGGCAAACGAUUGGGUAACCGAGGAGGACAACUACGAGUGUCCCCUUUCGGAGGAAACGCAGCUUUUGGCCAAAGAGGAACUUAGGGAAGACAAAAAUACGCGAGACCAAGCUCUCGAACAGAUACGUAAUUGGAUCAAAUUGAAUCCGCGUAUACAAAACUGUCGUCUUGACGCGCAAUUUUUGCUGAGAUUCUUGAGAUGUAAAAAGUUUAACGUACCGAUGGCGGAGGAAGCUAUCGAGAGAUACUUGCUGCUCCGACAAGUUUAUCACCCAGCUUUCAAUCAAUUGGACCCAACGGAACAAACGAUGGAAGAACUGCUGUCUUUGGGAUAUCUGUUCGCCGUACCCGGACGCGACGCAAAAGGCCGCCGUGUUGUAAUCGCCAGACCAGGUGUUUUCGAUCCUCACAAGUACACGAAUGCCGACAUGUGCAGAAUCCACGCGAUCACUUACGAGACUUUAAUGGAGGACGAGGAAAAUCAAGUGCGAGGUUUCGUUCACUUCGCCGACGGGGCUGGCGUCAGUUUUCCACACUUGACGCUUUUCACUCCGAAGGAGGCUGUCCGCAUCGUCAAGAACGGCGAGCGAACUAUACCGAUGCGGCACAAGGAGGUUCACGCGAUCAAUACUCAUCCUUCCGUGAAAUUUGCUCUCGAUUUCGGCAUGUCGUUGAUCUCUGAGAAGAUUAAAAAGCGAGUCAAGAUUUACACGAGUCUCGAAGACGCUAUCAAUCAGAAAAUGGACACGAGCAUGCUACCAAAGGAAUACGGCGGCACGAUGCCUAUGAAAGAAAUGAUCGCACUUUGGAGAAAGGAGCUGAUGGAAAUGGCGCCGAUAUUGAUGAGUCACGACAAAAUGAGAGUGUCCUUGGAGUUGUACUCGGAAAAAGCUCGAGAAGGUGCGGUGUCAGCCUUGAAGCAAGGUUUCGGUUGCUCGGAUAUUGGCUCCAGCGACUCUACCAUGUACGGGAUCAGCGGUUCGUUCAGAAAGCUCGAAGUGGAUUGAUCAACGGAAACCGAUCGUCGACAGUACCAAUUACAACGACUGCGUAAACUGUAUUUACCUUGUCGACGAGACAAAGACGAUAACAUUAUUCUUGUAACAAGUUAUAUUUGAUAAUCGUUAUAUAAAAACUGACACGAUCUUAAUCGUGAACAAGAAAAUAGGUUAAAAAUUUGAUCUCGGUCGCGGAACGUGCUUCUUCUGCUCGACCAAUUAUUAAUAUCAACUACGACUUUAGCGGAGCAUUUUUCACAGCUAGCAAAACGCACAUACACAUGUAUAUUAUAUUUUUUACUCUCGAACGUAGCGAAGCUACGGAUAAGGAUAAGUCGCGCAAAAUCGGAGGGAUUUCAAUCGGAUUUCUACGUACACUUUAGAAACUAGAAUUACGUGUAUCUCGAGUGGACAUUUCGGAACAGGAACCCUAGAGAAAAGUAGCGAGACAACGUGCAUCUAAAAAUUGCUUUAUUUAAUGUACAAAUUUGAUUAUAUUUUGGAUUAAGGAAAUCGUCGAUCUGUAAAGAAUUUCACGAUGUACGUUUAAAACGAUAAAAUAUCGUCUGCUAUAUGCAGACACCGUUCGCGAGAUGUAGAUAGAUAUAAGCUGCACGAAAUUCCAUUUUGGCACACGAUCAAUUGUAAAUAAGACUUUUUGUCCAUGGAAAUAAAUGCAUAUUUUUUUUCAUCUA